UGUGAGAGUUGAGUCUUGACGCGAGGAAGUGUUAUUUCCAUUUCGUUCAGCGGUCGGUUCGCGGCUACAGCAUUUCCAAGAGCAAGCGAUACUCCAGGCGCUCUAAUUCCGAUGAAUCGAUGGCGAGGAAAGACGGCCGUGGUGACUGGAGCGGCGUCUGGGAUCGGUUUGGCGAUUACCGAGAGACUAAUCGAGGAGGGAAUGAACGUUGCUGCCUUUGACAUCCAGUACCAACGUCUGAGAGACAGGGAAAUAGAGAUGAGAAGUAGAGGGGAGUCGGAAGGUCGGGGGAAACUUUUCCCGGUCAAGUGCGACUUGACGAACGAGAGGGACAUCCUUGCUGGGUUUGAAUGGGUGGCGGGGAACCUGGGAGGAGUCGACGUCGUCGUCAACAACGCCGGGAUCACCCACUACUCGAAAGUGAUCGAAAGCGACACCGACGUAUUCAGGCGGAUGCUGGACGUGAACGUCUUGGCAGUCGCCAUUUGCACGAGAGAAUCUGUGUCGUCGAUGCGCGCCAGGAACGUCGAAGGCCACGUCUUCAACAUCAACAGCAUUCUGGGCCACGAAAUUCCCGAAGGCGUUCUUCACCGGGGCUGGAACUUGUAUCCCAGCUGCAAGCACGCCACGGUAGCGAUGUCCAGCAUUGUGCGCCGGGAGCUGAUCGACGUCAAGGCCAAAGUCAGGAUGACCAGCGUUAGUCCGGGGCUUGUCAAGACGGAGAUAACGUCCGGCACUCCGGAACUGAGCAACUUGUUCGAAAGAAUUCCGACUCUCGAGCCAGCUGACGUGGCUGACGCGGUUGCCUACGCUUUGGGCACUCGGCCGGAAGUCCAGAGAAUCUUCUUCUUCCACUUCAUUAGAUUUCGGAGAAACAAGAGAGGGGCAGAUGCGAUAUUGAUUUCAAAUUCCACUUUUUUUUUUUUAUUCGCAUUAUAUCGUGGAAAGAGAAAAAAAAAAUUGAGAACAGAAAAGAAUAGGAGAAAAGAAGUCGUCUAUCGGAUUCUGGCUUCGAUAUUUUCGGAAGAACUUUUCCACGGUUCUGUAUAGUUGGAUCUCAUUGCAUCGGUGUUAAGGCGGGCAAAGAAAGAACGUGCUGUAUGUGGAGGUGUAUGGAAGAGGAUAAAAAGUGGUAAAAAUGGAGGGAGAGGAAAAAGGAAGAAGCAAAAAAUAAAUAAAGGACGUAUACCUUUAAGCGGGUAACCAGAACAACGGGCUAUAUCGGUGAAACGCGGUGGAAUAACACCCUAAUUUAUGGUCGUCACACAAUAACCAUCAUAAAUUGCAUCUGAGCCCACCAACCAACGAAACGAGCGACCGAACGAACGAACGAACGAACGAAUGAACGAGCGAAGGGCGAGGAACAGCUCGCGAUAGUCGCGAUCGCCUAUAUUUUACAUCACGAGCGAGGAGCCCGAUGUACAAAACCGGGGCAUAAUUUAUCUGUUUUCAAAUAUACGCUACGAUAAAUUUGCAUAUUUUAAUAUAAAUUCCC